ACGAAGCUCGCGGCUCGGCUGCUACUCCGUGUUUUCAUAUAUAUACCGUCUUCGCUCCGCAACGUUUAUAUACUACCACUAUCUAUAUACGCGCUGUCUUCGUUUAUAAUAAUAAAACAUUAUAUAGAUCUCUCGAGCUGGUGUCUCGACGUUUUUCUACGUGUCCAGUGUAGCUGCGCCGCAUCUCUCGUUUCACCUUUCGAUCUCUUUUCUCGUUCACCUUCGCCCGAACUUGCAGCUUUUCUCCUGCGCUGCGGACUUUGACUCGUCUCGAGUCGCGUUGUCAAUUUGUCAAGCGCAGCAGCAGCCGGGGGGGAUCGCGCACGAAAUCGGCCUCGUCGCGUGUGGACCGCUGCUCGCAUCUCUCUGCCUUGGCUAUUCGUGAACAAGCCGAGCGUCAACAGUUACGAAUUCUAAAAUAAAAGGAUCAUACUUCUGUGCGUUUAAGUUCACCAGUCGAAUUCGGAGCAGUUUUUGCGAGCUAUAUACAGUGUCGAUCGUCGUCGUAUCGUCGUCAGCUGCCCUCGCGUCUGGCAUCGAGCAAAAGGUAAAAUAUUUUGCCUCCUGCCGCUCAAUAUGCACGUUAUAAUGUAAUGUGCACUCGUAUGUGUCGUUCGGUCGGUUCCACUGUCUUCUCCGUUUGUGCUUCGUGAGACUCGAGCGAAUCGCACGCGCCAAUGUGGAUGUGUUAAAGUACAAAUAUAGUCUCCACGGUGAGUGCACGCACGAAGGAGAGAAAGAGCAAGAAAUCGCGAAACAGAGAGAGAAGAGAGAAAACGACAGAAGGAGAGAGAGAGAAAAGAGGGGCACCGGUUAUAACCACGUGCGCUCGUAUUUUUUAUUCACAUGGUGUUGUUGAGUGUUGCUGCGCGCGCGAUUCAAUAGUUGAUACACGUAUGUAAUAUAUACAAAAUAAAAAUGCAGUGUAUUCUCGAGAGUGCGCCAUUAUAUUCGACGUAGCUCGGUGAAGUGUAACAACGAAACAAAAAAAAAUAAGAAGAAGAAGAAGCAAAAAAAAAGUGAACGGAAGAGGAGAGCGUCGGGAGCAUAUAACCGCAAGAUAAGGCCUCCUCCUUCCUCGUCGCAGCUCGCCUUCAGCGGCGUCGAGCUGGCCCUGGUCAGCUGCUGCUGUUGCUGACGUUUUGCGGCUGGGCUUGCUGCUGCUGCUGCUGCCUCGUGCACCCAUAAAAGCAGCGACAACGACGACGACGACGGCGACGACGACGGCGCUUCAAAAAGCGUCCCCGACUCCCGUCCGAGAGUCAUCGGUGAAUGAUUUUGGCGUCGCCGAGGCAAAGGGCAGCAGGUAACCUGCGGCCUGAACACCGGCCAGCGUCGCCGGUCGGCAGACUCAAUUACCACGCGCCACGCGGGGGUAGUGGGUCUAUGGGGAGCUACGCACCAGCGGGCCCCCAGCCCCGAUUAUCGGACUUCGGACACCUCGCGUGUCAUCGGUCAACCAUCAUCUCCCAAAUCUUCAAUGAAGAGUCCAGCAGGCAUCAUGAGGCAGUCCAGCCUCACCAAGCUCGGCUCCAUGAUCAACACAGCCGUCAACAAACGAGUCGGUAAUGGAGAUAUUCAGUGGAGUUUCUCACAAGUAAAGGGAACCUUAGAAGAUGAUGUCACAGAAGCUGACAUUAUCUCUUGUGUCGAAUUCAAUCAUGAUGGUGACCUCUUGGCAACUGGAGAUAAAGGAGGCAGGGUUGUCAUUUUUCAAAGGGAUGCACUUAGUAAAACAAUGAUUCCUAGGCGAGGUGAAUACAAUGUGUACAGUACCUUCCAGAGUCAUGAGCCUGAGUUUGAUUAUCUAAAAUCUCUAGAGAUUGAGGAAAAAAUAAACAAAAUAAGAUGGCUCAAAAGAAAAAAUCCAGCUCAUUUCUUACUUUCAACUAAUGACAAAACUAUCAAGCUCUGGAAAGUCAGUGAAAGAGACAAGCGAGUUGAAGGUUACAAUACUAAAGAAGAAAAUGGUUCAAUUCGUGAUCCAUCGUGUAUCACUGCCUUGCGGGUACCUACCAUAAAGCCAAUGGAACUGAUGGUAGAAGCUUCUCCUAGAAGGAUAUUUGCUAAUGCACAUACCUACCACAUAAACAGUAUAAGUGUCAACAGUGAUCAAGAAACUUAUCUCAGUGCUGAUGAUCUAAGGAUCAAUUUAUGGCAUCUUGAGAUAACAGAUCAAAGUUUUAACAUUGUUGAUAUUAAGCCUACGAACAUGGAGGAAUUAACUGAAGUGAUAACAGCUGCAGAGUUCCAUCCUGUAGAAUGCAACCUAUUGGUCUACAGCAGUAGCAAGGGUACAAUACGCUUAUGCGAUAUGAGAUCGGCAGCACUUUGCGAUCGUCAUAGUAAAUUAUUUGAGGAACCUGAAGAUGCUAGCAAUAGAAGCUUCUUUUCAGAAAUAAUUUCUAGUAUUAGCGAUGUUAAACUCAGCAAUUCUGGGCGAUACAUGAUCAGUAGAGACUACCUAAGUGUCAAAGUUUGGGAUUUGCAUAUGGAAACAAAACCUAUCGAAAGCUAUCCUGUGCACGAGUAUUUGAGAACAAAACUGUGUUCAUUGUACGAAAAUGACUGUAUCUUUGAUAAGUUUGAGUGCUGCUGGAGCGGCAACGAUUCGGCCAUAAUGACUGGUUCAUAUAAUAAUUUCUUCCGUGUUUUCGACCGUUCAACGAAACGAGACGUUACUCUUGAAGCAUCACGUGAUGUCGCUAAACCUAAAACAUUAUUAAAACCACGCAAGGUCUGUGCCGGUGGGAAACGCAAAAAGGAUGAGAUUAGUGUAGAUUGUUUGGAUUUCAAUAAGAAAAUUCUGCAUACGGCAUGGCAUCCUCAUGAAAAUAUUGUUGCGGUGGCGGCCACAAAUAAUCUUUUCCUGUUUCAAGAUAAACUCUAGCAUAUUUAUAUGCAAAUUAUUCAACGUUACAUACUGACAUAAGCGUUACGUGUGAGGUAUGAAAAAAUAAACAAGCAGGUAAGACAGGUUAAGUGAAGAAGCUGCUGGUAACAUGAAUGUUCCGGUAAACACGACAAGAAAAAAAGUAUGGACGAGCGUCAGCUUCAUCAUAUCACCGAUCGUUGACUGACUGAUGAAAGUUAUUACGCGAAACCUUUAAGUGAAGCACCAGCACACCAGGGGGUAGUGUAAAAAAAAAGAAAAAAAAUACAAAAAGAAAAAAAAACAAAACACCAUCAUUCAAAAAUGGAGAAUUUAAGAUUGCCACAUGAGUGAGCGUCAAUAAAAGUCAAGGGACACAUUUAAAAAAUGCGAUCUUUACGUCCAUUAUCAUACAUAAUCUACUACGCUAGUUACAACAUUGAUAUACGUGAACAUAGUACUCGUCUUUAUACAAAAAAGUUGUAAUACACAUUCUAUGGACUUUAUAAUCUCUUAGAGAAUAACUUGUUAAGAUAUGUAUAUAUGUUGCGAAAAAACUCAAACUUUUAUCUUGAGGUCAUCAAAUUAUAAAGAAAUAGUUAAAAUCGAGAUAGUUCGCUGUGCGGACAAAAUCGAGUUCUGUAACGACGAUCUAAAACUGAACUUUCUGAGAAAGAGAGCAAAGAUUGUAAAAUCGAUUUGUUUACCUUAUCUUUGAUUUAUAAUAAAGUUUCUAGCAAUUUUCCAAUUGAGUGUAUGUAUGAUACGACUUUUUUUUAAAACUUUCUCGGGAGAUUGAAAAGAGCGAUCUUAUCCAAGUGAAAGUGAACCCGAAUGGAUUAUUAUAUAGAAAAAUUAUUGCUUGAUUCAUUUGAAUAAAAUUUCAUCAAUGAUGAGGUGUAUAAAUUCUAUAAUUUUUAUCGUUUAUUGUGAAAUAAUGUUAAUUAUGAAUUAACAUCUAAAGUGCAUCAGUUUUAAUUAUUUGCAUUUCAAUGGCGAUAGGAAUGCCAUUAUGCUAUUGGACGUAGAGAAUCGAUUAUUUUCGAUACAAAACAGAAUAAAAGAAACAAACAUGAAACAUUUUUGACCGAGUACUUUUAACAUAUUGUUAUGAACUUUUUGAAUAAUUAUUGCGAAACUCCCUUGAAGAAUUUUAAUCUGUAAUCUGUAAACAUUUUUAAAAAGCCCUAAUACUAGGAUGUGAUGAUUUUAGUAAAACAAUGUAUUUGUCAUAUUUUUUAAAUUCUUUCUUAAUUUUGAUCACCUAAAAUUAUUAACGGAAUACUAAUAUUAUUACCAGACGUUAUUAAUGCAAUUUCUUUAUGUAUCAAAUUCGAAGUAUGGUUGCACACGACAUCUAUAAAAAAACAAUAGUCUGAAAUAAUUAAAAGGAUGAACCUUUGAAUAAUUGGCCAUAAGCUCUGGUAAUUAGUAAAAUUCUUAGAACGGAACCAUGUAUUUUCACGUUCUCUUAAAACAUGUAGUAAUAUCAUUUCAAGAAUGACUUUAAACACAGCCAACAUUGGCCUGAAAUCUGCAAUAAUUACGCAAGAAUUUUUUAAAUGAAUCGUUCAUUUAUAGCUCUCACAAUCUUAAAUUUCAAAUGAAAUAAAAUUAAAUUGGGAGUUUGAAAUAACACAAAAUUGAACGUUCAACAACGGUUGUAUUUAUUAUGUAGAUAAUGUAUGUACCAGUCAUAAGACAAAAAUGUUCGGUUCACAAAUGUGUCAUGUUUUAAAGCUUUUGUAGUUUAAUAAAUGCCUCACAUAUUAUAAAUCAAAAUAAUUAAUUGUAUGAUAUUGACUUGUACAUAGAAAUGGUAAAUUUUUCAAAAAAAAGUAAUAAUAAUAACAAUGACUGUUGUUUUGUGAAAAUUUAAAA